AUGGAUACCCACUAUAAAUACCCAGAGGGCAAAGAAGAUCAACUGAUGGCUUUCCCCUCUGACGAAAUCUCUCAAGACUCCACGCAAUCUCAAGCUCAAGCUCAAGCUCAGAUUCAAUCGACUGCUGCUGGCCAGCAAUUGCUCAAUCCCAGUCAGCCAGCCACUCCGCGGAUGCUUCGAAGCGUCAGUGGAACGUUGCGCAGUGGCUCUUCAAAGUCCGAAGGGUUGAUGUCCAGUGGUGGUGGUGGUAGUAACGGUGACCCUGCUUAUGUCACGUCCACCAGCCACAACCAACAACAAGCGGCCCAUACCAGAGCUGCCAGUACCAAUCAACACCACUACGAACAAUCUCAACAUCAGUCUCAACAACAGCAACAACAUUCAAGAGCCUCACCUAAUAGCUUCUCAAGAAUGUCGCCUCCAGAUAUGUCGUUGAACAGUAAGAGACAAGAGUUGUUGCCUCCUGCCAACUUUGCUGGUGAACAAAUGCAACAACAACACCUGCUGCAUCAGCAUCAACAGCAUCAGCAUCACCAACGUCAGUCGUCCAACUCAGGCUUCCCCCCUAUGAACAGCAAUAAUACUAGUGCUAGUGCUAAUGCCGGUACCGGUGCCGGUGGUAAUGCUCCAAGAUCGCAACAGCAGCACUACCACCUGCAACUGACUCAGACCCAGAACCCACCACCACAACAGCAGCAUUCCCAACAACAACAUGGCUACGCCUCGCAACAAUUCUAUAGGAAAUCUGUGGGAGACUGGGACUUUGUCAAAACCAUUGGUGCCGGGUCAAUGGGUAAGGUAAAAUUAGCUCAACAUCGUACUACUAGAGAAAUCUGUGCUGUCAAGAUUGUACCACGUGCGGCAAAGGCAUACCAACGGACUCAUGCACAUGAUCCUCCUCCAACUUCAGCUGAGGAAGCUGCUGAAAGACAGAAGGAAUUGGAAAAGGAAAUUGCAAGAGAUAAGCGCACGCUUAGAGAAGGAGCAUUGGGGAGACUUCUUUACCACCCUUUUAUUUGUCGUUUGUAUGAAAUGGUACCUUUGACAAACCACUACUAUAUGCUUUUUGAGUAUGUGGCGGGAGGACAAAUGCUUGAUUACAUUGUUUCUCAUGGUUCCUUAAAGGAGAAACAUGCUAGAAAGUUUGCUAGGGGCAUUGUAUCUGCCUUAGAUUACUGUCAUAAGAACAAUGUUGUCCACAGAGAUUUGAAAAUUGAAAACAUUAUGAUUAACCAAAAGGGUGACAUCAAGAUCAUUGAUUUUGGUCUUUCAAACUUAUAUUCGCCCAAGAACUUAUUGAAGACUUAUUGUGGGUCUUUAUACUUUGCUGCACCUGAAUUAUUAUCCGCAAAGCCUUACAUCGGGCCCGAGGUAGAUAUAUGGUCAUUUGGAGUUGUUCUCUAUGUAUUGGUUUGUGGCCAAGUACCAUUUGAUGACGACUCAGUGACAGUACUACACGAGAAGAUCAAGAAGGGAAACGUUCAGUACCCAGCCUUAUCCAAAGAGUGUAUUUCAUUAUUGUCUCGUAUGUUGGUGGUAGACCCCACUAAAAGAGCAAGCUUAUAUGAAAUUAUGCAUCAUCCUUGGAUGAAUAAAGGUUACGAUACUCCUGUCAGAAACCAUUUACCUCAUCGACAACCGUUGACACUUCCUUUGAAUCCAGAAGUCAUAAAUGCCAUGGAAUCUUUUGAUUUGGGACAUCUGCAAGCAAUUUCAAACGAAUUACACAGUAUACUAUCAAGUGUUGAAUAUGAAAUGAGUACUGAGAAUUGGCAUAGAGUUACUUCUCAAGGGAGAGACUAUGAAUCUGCAUCCAAUGCUCAUAUUUUACCGGAUCCUACUGCCGGUUAUCAUCCGUUGAUUUCAAUUUACUAUUUAGUCGAUGAAAUGAUGACCCGGAAGAAGGCUAAAGAAGAAGCUAUCAAGUCCAUUGAUGCGCAACGCAAGAGACAACAAAUGGAACAACAAAGACAACAACAGCAAAUGCAACAAAUUCAACAAAGACAGCCACCAUACGAUGAUCAAAUCAUGUCAGCUCCUCCUCAAUCGACUUCUUCGAUGCCACUUCCAGCUGUUGCACCUCAAGCCCCAAUUCCAGCAGUAUCUGUCAAUGCUCAUCCUACUCACCAGAGACUGCAAUCUGUUCUGACUGCUAGCCAGCAACAACAACAACCCCAGGACAGUCAAACUCAUUUGAUGCCCGUGAAGAACGAUUCGGUUUCCUCCACUCAGCUGUCUGCAAUGUACAAGCCAGUACCCCUACUGACAGGAAGCAGCAAGAGCGAUGUUCCCAAACUUCCUCAAAUCAUUACAACACCCCAGAAACCUCCUCAAUUACCACAAUUCCCACCCCAAGCUCAUACUUCCCCCACAUAUUCCAGAAAUCAACAUGAAGGCUUCCCAUCCGUCGAUCCAAGUCAAACUAUGUCGUCACCACAGCAACAACCACAAGAGUCGCUCUACGAAACUUUGGACCCCAACGCAGCUAAGCAAGCUGCAGGGUUGAAUUCGAUCUUUAGAAGGUUGUCUGCUAAGAAGUAUAAAAACACGUCUCCCUCUAAAGCUUCACCACAUUCUUCAGAACAAGAAGUACAACAACAGCAUGUGCCUAAGAUCUCCAUUACUCCGGAAUCAAACGAUAAACUUUCUCCAGCAUCUACUGUUUCAUCCACAAAGAAUGAUCCUAUGGUCCGUCGUGGUAUGAGUAUGAAGGUCACUGCAAAGGAGAAGCUAUCGAACCCCCCUGCAACAUCUAGAUUGGACCCAGCAUCAGUACAAAAGUCGUCAAGAAGUGGACAUGCUCGUUCAUCGUCCACCUCUAACCCUAACAAAUUCCAUGGGUUUAUUCCAGUGGAGUAUUUACCUCCUUUACCCAACAUCAAUUCCAACACAAACACGUUGGUGACGUCGUCCAAUGAAAAGUCUCAAUUCAGUACCAGUCAUGGCUCUAGAAAGUUACAUCCCACUGCAAGAGCUAAGUCUGUUGGAGGUCCAGUUAGAAAAGAUUCCUUGGGACACGGCAACUCCAAUUCCAAUUCCAAUGCUGCUGGCCGUAAUAAUGCCUUACCUAAUGGCAUGGCACAGCAGAAUAGUGAUGAAAUAAUGGUUCGUGGGUCGAGUAACGAAAACGAUGGGUUCUUUGAUGACGUCACGUUGGACGACAUGGAUUACCAAGAUAUACCCUCGUUAACUGAAGCGGAAAUCAUUGCUCAAUUCGAACAUGCGAGACCCAAUACCAUGCUUUCCAUUGAAUAUCCCAAGACGCUCUUUCUCAAGGGUUUCUUUAGUGUUCAAACCACAUCUACUAAGCCGUUACCGGUUAUUAGAUACAGUGUCAUUAAGGUGUUGAGUCGAUUAGGAGUGAAGUUCCAAGAAGUCAAAGGAGGAUUUGUUUGUGCCCAUACUCCAUCGCUACAAAUAGAGGAGGUGGAGGAGAAGGACAAAUUGGCUGGACAUAAUACUAGUAAUAAUAUGGUGAUGAUGAUUGGCAAUGAAGAAGUUGAAGGAGGAGAAACAACCGAUACAGAAGAACAGAAAUUGUAUGGCAAUGCCUUCAGAUCCACCAACUCAUCGUUGGAGAAAGAGCUGGGAUCACAUCAUAAUAAACAGGCAUUAGAAGAUUCAUCUGAAGACACUCCUAGUCGUCAACCUUCAUACCAUGGGGCUACGAGUACUUCGGCUUCGGCCUCGGCCGGUACAGGUGCCGGUUCCGGUGUUGGUUCUACAGCUUCUCCUACUACAAUUAGAUCUCAUAGAGCUACAUUAUCAUCUGGUGGUGGCAGUAGUGGCCAUAGAAGAAAGUUCUCUAUUGGAAACUCUUUCUUGAACACCUACCGGAAGAAGAACGGCUCUAAUUCUCUCUUCCCACCAAACACUCCAGCUGCUGCUAAGGUGAACAAGCUGUUGUAUGCCGAUGACUAUGAAUAUUCUAAUGAGUCUAGUCGUUCGGUAGAAGACGAUUCCAUGGACUCCCUCAGUGGGUAUGGAGGAGGUAGUGAUAUGAUGGUGUCUUCUAGAUGGGAACAGAAAGCCAAGGCUCUGAAGGGAGUGAAGAAGUCACCAUUGAAGUUUGAGAUCCAUAUUGUCAAGUUCCCGUUGGUUGGCUUGUAUGGUGUUCAAUUCAAGAAGUUACUUGGGAAUACUUGGAACUAUAAGACUUUAGCCAGUGAGAUCUUGGGUGAGUUGAAGUUGUGA